GUUAUUGUUAGCUUUUAAGCUAGCAGACGAACUCGUCAAAUGGGGAUAUGACUGAGUAAUAACGUCUUAUUACACGUGCACGAUUAAGUUAUUACAAUCGCACAGUGAUGGAGAACGAAAACAGGAGUGAUUCAGCAUCCACAUCCAAGAACCAACCAGGUUCUUUUCACCUGCAGACUCCAAAAAAUGAGGAUGCCUAUGAAAUUACCAUUCAGUAUGAUGAAAGCAGCUUCGAGCAGCAAGGAUUUUUUAACCAGAGUGAUCAGAAUUUUGAUGUACCAGCUUCAACUGCUGGCCCACAUACAGUUAAUAACUCAUACAUGGUGAUCACCAACCUUCGGACCCAACUUCAGAUCUCCCUGGAGAAAAACUCUUGGCUGCAGAAAAGAAUCGAGGACUUGGAAGAGGAGAGAGACUUCCUCCGCUGCCAGCUGGACCGCUUCAUCUUUUCCACAAAGAGCCAAGUACAGGAGCCGAGUCAGAGCCAGUACAGUAAUGGGUAUGAAUCUAGACGAUUCAACUGGAAGGCAAGAAGAGAAGAAUAUCGUCCUACUGAACAGAAGACAGACUCACAGCAUUUCCCUCCACGUCAAUUUGUCCAGCGAAGACCUGGUCCUUCCUCUAUGAUGUCUUCCAAAAACCAUGUCUCUAGUCCACUAACGACUCAGCUUGCCUCUGUGAAUGCAUUGUUUAACUCUACACAAUCUCAGUCCCUUUUGCAAGGCCAUAACCAUAGUGCUACCAAUACCACAGCCAGUGGCAGCAGCGGCAACAGUGGUACUGCUACAAGGUCAUCCAUGAAUGAAAUAAGUGGGCACAGCGGUCCAGAUUCCCUCUCACUUCUGGGUGAAUCUGUUGAGUACUUGGAGCAGGAUGGGUUCAUUGAGGAGCAGGAAAUGAUAUCAGGGGAAGACGUAAUGUCUGAUACAAUUCACAACAGGCAACAGUUGAAAAGAAGGCGGGUCUUUCGAGCUCCAAGAGAGCGGCAAAGAGUAAAAGAUGCUGCUGGAGUGCUGUUUCGCUACAAGAAGAUUCUGUUCACAUACCAGCAACUCAAAAAUAUGUCCAAAGCCUUCCAAAUCCACGGUGUUGACCGAAACACAGUGGCUUCCACCACACCCAUUGCUGAGCUGCUUCUAGUGGCCCCAGAUAAAGUAGCUGAGGUGGGAGAGUUUGACCCAUCCAAGGAAAAGCUGCUGGACUACGCCCGACGCUGCUACGUUGCCCUGGAUGAAGAGACGUUAAACAGAGUACAGGCCUUAAAGAAGAACAACCUGCUCUUGCCCAUUUCCUACAGGUUCAGACACUGAGGGGAAGAAAGACACAUUACAGUGACAAGACUAAAAGCAGUCAAGUUCUGCUGCAGAAAGGCAGGUCACCCUAAAGGCACAGGUAGCCAUGCAACCUGCAAGUGAGACACUUUUCUUUUCAGACUAACUUUUUAAAUCUUAGUUAUACUUUCAAUACUAUUCAGGUCUGUGGUUUUAGUGUGUGGUUGGGGACGGCAGUGGCUCAGGCAGAAAAGCAGGUCUUCCAAUGACCGGAAGGUUGGCUGUUUGAUUCCCACUCCCGCAAUCAUCUGUUGUUGGGCAAGACCGUUAACCCUGCCUUGCCUCCAGUGUUGGCAUCACUGAUGAAUGAAUGUGGAUGAAUGUUCGGUGAUGGUCGGAGAGGCCGUAGGCGCGGAUUGGCAGCCAUGAUUCUGUCAGCCUGCCCCAGGGCAACUGUGGCUACACAUGUAGCUUACCAUCACCAUGUCUGAGUGAGGGGUGGAUGAAUAAUGGAUACACAAUGUAAAACAGUUUGGGUGCCUUGAAAAGCGCUAUAUAAAUCUAAUCCAUUAUUAUUAUUAGUUGACAAAUCUUUCCCAAAGUGGAAAGAUUGGGCUUACUGUAUUUGGAAAUUGGCAUAAGAACCAAAUUGUUUCUAUUUGGACUGGGAGUUUCUGUUUGAUUCAGGAUGAGUGAAUGUUCUAUUCGGAUUAUAGAAUUUUUUUUUACUACAGAUUUAUAAUCUUGACUUUGCUCAUUUAUGUGUCAGCCUUUAUUUACCUAAAACAUUUUUUUUAAUCCUUUUCCGUCCUCAACAUCUGGAUGAACUUGAGGCCAUGAAUUCACUCACUUAGAUUUUUUGAGUUU